AUGCAUUGCAAGCCUUUUCGGCAAAGAAUUAGUUUCCACACCCCAAGCUCUCUCCCUUUCUCUCUCUCUCUCAUCUCUCUCUCCCCACUCUCUCUCCUCUCUCUUCUCUCUCCUCUCUCUCAUCCUCUCUCCUCUCAUCUUUCCCUUCUCCCCUCUCUCCCUCUGUCCCUCUCUAUCUCUCCUUCCCUUUCCCUCUGCCUCUCCCCUCUCCCCCCUCCCCUAUAUCUUCCUUCUUUCCCCUCCAUUCCUCUCUCUCUCUGGGUGGACACUCACUGCUCUGUUUCCCUUUCUGCCUCUCCCUCUCUAUUCCCUCUCUCUCCUCCCUCCCUUCUCCUCCCUUCCAUCCCCUUCUUCUCUCUUCCCUUCUCUCUCUUCCUCUCUCUCUCUCUCCUCUUCCUCCCCCUCUCUUCCUCCCUUCUCCUCUCCCUGGGUCUUCACCCCUCUCUCUCACAGGUGGACUAUGGCGAGCCACUCACUGCUCUGUUGCUACUUUCAUGGAAAGUAUCAUUCCUGACAAAUCUCUCUUUCCUCUCUCUUCUACACUCUCUCUCUCUCUCUUCCACUCUCUCUCUCUCCUCUCUCUUCCACUCCCCUUCUCCUCUCUCUUCCACUCCACUUCUCCUCUCUCUUCUUCCCACUUCUCCCUCUCUCUUCCUCUCUCUCUCCUCUCUUCUCCUUUCCUCCUCUCUUCCUCUCUCCCUCCCCUCCCCUUCUCCUCCUCUUCCCUCCACUUCUCCUCUCUCUCUCUCUCCUCUCUCUUCCACUCCCCUUCUCCUCUCUCUUCCACUCCCCUUCUCCUCUCCCUUCUGCUCUUCACCCCUCUCUCUCACAGUGGCGUCUUUGUUUUUCUUAAGUGGAGAAGAUGCAGUAAAACAUCUUUUCUCACGAGAUACGCAUCUUCAAUUCGGUUUCGUUUCAUUGGCUACGGUUCUUGUUUUUUAUUUUCUCUUCGUUCGCGAGGCGGCUGGAACUUCCGUUUCCGGUGGAAUGCUCGUUCCACUGCUGUAA